AUGAACAUUGAGGUUGGGAACGUGUCUUACACGGGGGCCAUCGUCUCCUGGUCGACGUCAGAGCCCUGCGUGGAGGACUAUUACCAUAUUAUGUACAGGCCUAACUGGAACAGUAUCUUCUCCAGCUAUCUGCGCUACAGCUUCCAUCACGAGGAGAGGGUACCUCGAACCAUCACCUCCGUGGCACUGGAACACCUCGCCCCUUCCACUCUCUACUUCCUCUGUAUCAGCUGCAAGAAGGCUGCCGUCCCAUACAGUCACUACUGUACCAUGUUCCACACCCUGGAUAAGAGUCCGCUGGCUGCAGGGGGCUCCCUGGUGGACCCCCAAAUUUCCCUUUGGGUGCUGAUGGCCAUCCUGCUGGCCUGCUUCACUGCAGUGUUGGCCUUCAUCUGCCUCCAGUUCUGGUGCAUCCGCUGUCAUGAGCCUCGAUGGUCUUACAGAGCUGGCCACGUGGAGGAAGCCAAUGGGUUGGUAAGAUGGCCAGAGGAGGCCCCAGCCCUGGGUCAGAGGGAAGAAGACCUGCAAGGGCUCCCCCUGGUGGAACUGCCACGAAAGAACUCUGGGAUGAGAGCAGAAGCUGAACUGGAAGCAGAAGCCAACCAGGAUGUGCUGGGUGUGGUGGUCUUAGCUAGGGAGGGCGGCAACCAACGAGCCAUACUGCCUCACUAUAGAGAGUGA